AUGCACAACAGUAAAACCGUUGUUGUGCGCACUAAUGUAGUCCCUGAGGAGGAAGAAGAAGAGACGCUCGCUGUUUUUGACAAAUCAAAGGCUUUAGCACAUCCCUCACCAGUUGUUCCUGCUGUUACUGCUGCGGACAGCGAUGAUGAAUUCUCGAUACCGUAUAUUGCCCACGCAAGCACAUCAACACAUGUGGCCUCUGUGCGGUCAGUGUCGUUAAAGCGUCCGCGCAGCAGCAACAACGAUGUGGAGGAGACCGUCGGGACAAACCUUGACACAGAGAUGACCACAGCAUUGCCAGACGACACAGAUCAUCCACAGGAUCGAGCUGCGUAUGCAGAAUGGAAAAAGCGUGAUGGAGCACGGCAGAAGCAAUUGUUACAGAUAUGA